AUGCGCGAAGUAGCAGCAGCACCAGCAGGAGAAAAAGAAGGAACAUCGAGUCAGCUGCACACAGAGAGGCCUUCGACUGAGGCAGGCAGCCUCAUCACUCCCAAUGGCAGCAGCAACUCAAAGCCUCCCCAGAGCGCCUCUCAGACAGGCGAGGCGUGUCUUUCGGACGGCGCGUGCAGCAGGAAACCUUCAACGGAAGCCGAUUCUGCAGCCAACGCCGCUAGACUCACCAAACUGCACUCGGAGAUGGCGUCUGCACAGCAGCAGGGAGCAGCAGCUGCAACUGCGGCUUUUGCGGCCUCUUCUCCUGAGGCAGACGAAGCAGCAUUCGCUGAUGCCGUCUCGUUGAUCUCCCGCUUGGGGGAAAUCUGCAGCAGCAGGGAGAUGACACUAUCUUUCGACGACGUGCUCUUGCUGCGUGUUGCCUUAGAACUCCUCAGCUGCUGUAGCUGCAGCAACAGCAGCAACAGUCAAAACCUUCUUAGCAGUGGGGUGUCUGAGGGCAGCAGCGAUUUGUGGUUGCAGGAUCUUCCAGGAGUGGGUGCUGCUGCUGCCUCCUUUUUCCGCUGCGUCGUGCUGCAGCCUCAUGUGGCGCUGCCUCUUCCACCGCAGCACUCGCACGAGAGUGAGGCAGGAGAACGCAACGACUCGGAUCAGAAGCAGCAACAGCAGCAGGAGCAGAAACAGCAACAGCAGCAGGAGCAGAAACAGCAACAGCAGCAGGAGCAGAAACAGCAACAGCAGCAGCAGAAACAGCUUUCUCAGGAGACAGCGGACACACUGCCGAGGCAUGUGGGGCCUUUUGUGUGGAUUCGACGGCGAGCCGCGAAACGGUCAGGAAGCGCUGCUGGAACGCAUAGAAAAGGCACACUCACGGGUGCUGCUACCAGCGUUGCCUUAACAGCUCCAAGGGCGAAAAUAUAA